AUGGAUAAAGUUGCAUUCGAAAUUGAGAUAAUCUCAGCGCAAGAUCUCAAAUGCGUGACAAGUUUUGGAAGGCCAAUGCGCACAUAUUCAGUUGUAUGGAGUGACUCCACCGCUCAAAAGUGUACGAGAAUAGACAGAGAGGGUGGCAGUUACCCCACCUGGAACGAUAAGUUCCAAGUGACUGUCACCAAGGGAUUCCUCAAGCAAAAGGGCUCAGCUGCCUUGGUACAAAUAUACUGUAAAACUAUGACGGGCAACAAGAGAGUGGGAAGCGCUCGAAUGCCUUAUUCCGACAUUUUGGAGGGAUUCACUAAGCCCGAGUCCAUUCACUUUCUGAGCUAUCGAAUUAGGACUCCAAAUGGCAGGCCUCGGGGUUACCUUGAUUUGUCUGUGAGAUUUCUGGAGAAAAUUGAUCCACGCUUAUACAACUCAACACCUCAAUUUCAGAUGAAAUUCCCGGCCUUUCCUUCGAAGCCCAUUAUACCUGCGAGUUCUAGCGGGCAAGGUAAUCGGAGGCCACAAAAUGGUUAUUCGAUUGGCAUUCCCCUAUCGAACUCCUAUUCUUCCAUGAACGCAACAAUUUUGGAACCAGCAAACUCAUCGUAUGGUUAUCCAUACAGUGCCUGCGUUUCUCCAUUUAAUUUCUGA